GACCAACCGCCACUGGUGAUGAAUAGAAAGGAGGAGCAGGACUUAUGAUAGACUCCAGACAGAAAGUACCGAUAAAUCAAGGACAGGGAGAGCAACCACUUCACUCUCUAACCCGGCUUGUUUCUCUUCAAAACCGUACUCCAAAAAUUUCAUCUUGGGCUUUAUUUGUACACAAAGAAUCGUAAACAACAGAACCUCUGUUCACUGUCUCUCCUCUUUCUUUCUUGCUUUCUUUUUUGAAAAACAAGAACCAAAUCCCUCCCAUGGACACCUAUGAAGCAACAAGCAUACUGUUGUCAAAGAUCAACAAUAUAGACCCAGAAAACGCUUCCAAAAUCAUGGGUUACAUUCUCUUACAAGACCUUACUGACAAAGAUUUGUUAUCUUUAGCUUUUGCCUCGCAAACCCUUUUGCAAAAUGUUAUUGUCAAAGCCAAAACUCACUUGGGACUUCCGACGAACGCCUUAUCCACACUGUCAGCGCCAUCAUCUCCUUUGCAUCUCAAUCCUAUAUCAAGGCCUAGCAACAACCAUAACCCAUUUUCACAAUAUUCUGCUAAAGCUAAUUCUUUUAUUGAUUUUGCAAAAAACCCAUCUCCACAUGCAUGGCAUGCUUCAAGCUUGACAAACCAGUGUGCCGCCGCCUCUAUUAGCCCAAAGUCAAGCCCCUUUUUGUCUUACGAUAGUAUACGUGCUGGUUUUGAUUUGGUGGGUAAUGGGAGGGACACUAGUAGUAACAGUACCAAUUUACUUAAUGAGAAUCAAUCAGAUGAAUAUUUUUCGUUCCUUGAUGAUUUCUCUCCGCAAAAUGAGGAAUUUGUGGACCCAAGGUUUCAGUUGUGUGGUUUAACUAUGAAUAAUGUGGAUAACCAUUUGCGUAGGAGGAGAUUCUCAGAGAGUGAUGUGUGCUUUGGUAUUGAAGAUGGCGUUUUUGGAAUUGGCCAUAGACCAUGUAUGUAUUUUGCUAAAGGGUUCUGUAAGAAUGGGGAUAAUUGCAAGUUUGUUCAUGCUAGCUUUGAUGGUGAUAAUAUUUCUGAGUUUAGUGAUGGCGGAGCCAUUGGGAGUUCACUUGGGGAAACGAAUGGCCUUUAUUUGCAACAAUAUGAAGAAAUGAUGAGAAUCAAGGCUGCACAACAACACCAAAGUUUGUCUUACAGCAAGUACAUGAAUUUCCUGUUGCAGCAACAGAGUGAUCCCCAUAGAAUGGAGGCAGCAUCAGUGAUGAUGGGUGAUGAAUUUCACAAGUUUGGACAGUUCUGUUCUGAAAGGAAUGACCUUUUGGCCAUGGCAAUGGAGGAAAAGGCAAACUCGGCUUCUAGGCAGAUCUACUUGACAUUCCCAGCUGACAGCACUUUCAAAGAUGAAGAUGUAUCAAAUUAUUUUAGUGCAUUUGGAACAGUUCAAGAUGUCAGGAUUCCAUAUCAGCAGAAGCGAAUGUUUGGAUUUGUUACAUUUGUCCAUCCAGAGACGGUGAAGCUUAUAUUGUCUAGGGGGAACCCUCAUUUUAUUUGUUAUUCACGUGUGCUUGUUAAGCCAUAUAAGGAAAAAGGAAAAAUUGCAAACAAGAGGCAACAGCUAAUGGAUAGGGGGGAUUUUUCACCCUGUUCUAGCCCUUCUGGGCUUGACUCUAGAGAGCUAUGUGAUCUUCACCUUGGAGCGAGAAUGCUCUACAAUACACAGGAGAUGAAGCUGAGAAGAAAGCUGGAGCAGCAGGCUCAGCUUCAACAAGCAAUUGAACUCCAAGAGAGACGGUUGAUUAAUCUGCAACUUCCAGGCGUGAGGGGGGAUUAUAUUCACCAUCAACAGAGAAGCCUGUCUGCUGGUGCACUAAUUACUCUACCCCCUCAUGCGUCUGUUAAUAAUCUUACUUCCGAUGUCAAAAAUCAGGACGUCUUAGAUGGUGGGCUAAUCAAUGACAAGGGUGAUAGCUCAGCCACUGACAUUGGCUGUACUAUUGUUGUUGCUGAACAGCACCUUCAGGAUGAAGUAAGUACAGCAUGCGUUCAGAAGAAAGAUACUGCCAAUGGUGAGGAGAGACUCAAUCCUGAAGGAUGUGAUACCAAUGAAUGUUGUGGGACUGUUAUAGAGCAUGGUCUUCCUGAUAGCCCCUUUGCUUCAACUGCAAAAUCAUUGGGGAAUCAAGAUGAAUUCUCCCCUCCUUUGACAGAAGUUAAAGAAAGCAUCGAGUUCACUGGCACUUCAUCUUCCGAAAUUACUGCAUCAGUGCCCACAACUUCUACUAGUGAUGUGGCUUCUCAUUGAUAAUGUGAAAUGCUAAGCUAGUCAUUUCGGUAAUAAAGAUUAGCAUGAACAGAUCAGCUUUGCUGGG